AUGCUGCCCCUGCUGCUACUGUCCCUGCUGUGGGGGGGGUCCCUGCAGGAGGCUCCAGGGUACGAGCUCCAGGUGCAGCAGUCGGUGAUGGUGCAGGAGGGGCUGUGUGUCUCCGUGCCCUGCUCCUUCUCCCACCCCACGCCCUCCCGGGUUUCCUCCGGCCGAGUCUACAUCUUCUGGUUCCGGGAUGGGGACAACAUUUACAAUGAUGCUCCUGUGGCCACAAACCAUCCACAACGGCCAGUGAAGACGGAGGCCCAGGGCCGAUUCCACGUCUCCAGUGACCUCAGGACUCCCAACUGUUCCCUGAGCAUCAGAGACGCCAGCAGGGGGGACACAGGGUGGUACUUCUUCCACGUGAGGACAGGAGACGAUGUCAGAUACAGCUACACUGAAACGAAGCUGAAUGUGCGUGUGACAGCCCUGACCGAGAAGCCUCACGUCCACCUCCCGGCGCCCCUGGAGUCCGGCCGCCCCACACAGCUGACCUGCAGCCUGCCGGGCUCCUGCCCCAGGGGGAGACCGCUCUCCUUCUCCUGGGCUGGGGAGGCCCUUGGCUCUCGGGACCCCGGGACACUGCGCUCCCCACUGCUCACCUUCACGCCGAGGCCCCAGGACCAUGGCACCAGCCUCACCUGUCGGGUGAACCUCCAAGGAGCUCGGGUGACCAUGGAGAGAACCAUCCAGCUCAAUGUCUCCUCCCCAAGGACCCUGAGCAAUGGCACCUCACUGCCUGUCCUCAGGGGCCAGUCCCUGCGCCUGGUGUGCGUGGCCGACAGCAACCCCGCUGCCCUGCUGAGCUGGUCCAGGAAGGGCAACGCUGCGAGUCCCCCCCGGGGCUCGGCGUCUGCGGUCCUGGAGCUGCCCAAGGUGGGGGCUGCCGACGCAGGAGAAUUCACCUGCUGGGCUCAGCACGAGCUGGGCUCCCAACACCUCUCCUUGAGCCUCUCUGUGCAGACAAGUCCCUCUGCCUGCACGUGUGAGCCCGAGAAGCAGGAGGGCUCCUGGCCCCUGGUCCUCACCCUCAUCAGGGGCUCCCUCAUGGGGGCUGGCUUCCUCCUCACCUAUGGCCUCACCUGGAUCUACUACUCCAGGUGCGGAGCCCCCUCCGUCUCAGCUCAGCACUGA